CGUCACGGCAGCAUACACCACCAGAAAUGUUAAGACCACACACGUACCGACCAUUGUCCCGGGGACUGUCCAAGACGUCUGCGUCGCUCACACGAUCAGCAGCAUGCGCAGGUAGAAGGAAUCUCGCCACGGCAGUUGCAGAAGAGAGGGACCCCACCGAACUCGACCAGAUCACCACCCUCCCCAAUGGCAUCCGCGUCGCUACCGAAGCCCUGCCGGGCCACUUCUCGGGUAUCGGAGUCUAUGUCGACGCCGGCUCACGAUAUGAGAACGAUGCACUGCGCGGAGUCAGUCACAUCAUCGACCGUCUCGCCUUCAAGUCCACACGCUCCACCACCGGCGACCAGAUGAUGGAGAAGAUAGAAACACUGGGCGGCAACAUACAGUGCGCCUCCAGCCGAGAGUCGCUCAUGUACCAGUCUGCCACCUUCAACUCCGCCGUGCCCACCACCGUCGGUGUCCUUGCAGAAACAAUCCGCGAUCCACUAGUCACCGAAGAGGAGAUACAGCAACAGCUUGAGACAGCUGACUAUGAGAUUGGCGAGAUCUGGAGCAAGCCAGAAUUAAUCCUGCCCGAACUAGUACACAUGGCAGCUUUCAAAGACAACACUCUAGGCAACCCACUGCUAUGUCCCAAGGAGCGCCUACCAUUCAUCAACCGCGCCGUCGUUGAGGCAUACCGAAAGGAGUUCUACAAGCCCGACAGGAUAGUGGUAGCCUUUGCUGGCGUAAACCACAACGAAGCCGUCCGCUUGACAGAACAAUACUUUGGCGACAUGGAGAAGGGCACCGGUCCAUCGCUCAUCGGUCUAGAAUCAGAAAGCACAGCUUCCAACUCUGCACCCCAACAACAGGUCUUCACAGCCGACCACCCCACACCCACCGGCGCACCGCCGCAAUCCUCGAAACUCCUUUCCAAGAUACCCUUCUUCAAGAACAUCUCCACAUCCGCUACUUCCAACGCUUCCGUCAAUACAUCACUCGACUUGAACUUCCCACCGAUCGACACAUCACUACCGUCGCAAUAUACCGGUGGCUUCCUCACCUUACCUCCGAUACCGCCACCGGCAAACCCUAUGCUCCCCCGCCUAUCGCACAUCCACCUCGCCUUCGAAGCCCUCCCCAUCUCAUCGCCCGACAUCUACGCCCUCGCAACUCUGCAAACACUCCUCGGUGGAGGCGGUUCCUUCAGUGCAGGUGGGCCUGGAAAGGGAAUGUACUCGCGGUUAUACACCAACGUACUAAAUCAGCACGGAUGGGUAGAAUCUUGCGUUGCAUUCAACCACAGUUACACCGAUAGCGGCCUCUUUGGCAUCGCGUCAUCAUGCGCCCCCUCGCACGUCGCCCAAAUGCUCGAGGUCAUGUGCCGCGAACUCAAAUCGCUAGGAGACGAAACCGGAUACGCCGCGCUCAACGAGGUUGAAGUCCAGCGCGCAAAGAACCAACUCCGCUCCUCGCUCCUCAUGAACCUCGAAAGCCGAAUGGUAGAACUAGAAGAUCUCGGCAGACAAGUCCAGGUUCACGGCCGUAAAGUCGGCGUCAAGGAAAUGUGCAAAAAGAUCGAAGACGUUUCCGUCAAAGACCUGAGGAGAGUAGCUCGUCACGUCUUUGGUGGACAAGUCAAGAAUGUUGGAGGUGGAUCUGGAGCCCCGACUGUUGUGCUGCAAGAGGGUGAACAGGAAGGCCUCAAAAGGAAGGAGUUUACCUGGGAUGAUAUUCAGACCCGCAUCGCUAGGUGGAAGCUUGGUCGCAGAUAGGAAAUUGCAACCCCUCUGAGCCGUUCGCUGGUGACGUGAUUGUAAAUGUAGCUUAUGUAUUAUAGGGCUGGG